AUGCCCACAUACUCACCCACCAGAACACUCACUCCCGUCGACCACCUCCAUGUAGAAACAAAACACCAUCGCCAUCAAACACCACCAUCAUCACCUACCUUCACCAUCUCCACCGGAAAAACGAAACUAAACAUUAACCCACCACCACUGCCCCUGUUUGCUUUCAUCCGCAUAAGACAUGGCCUGAACAAUAGCAAAAGCAUGUUCUCAUUCCGAUCGACAGAAGUCAAGAAAUGCUCCGAUCGAUCACCAAAACCUUCCCUGUUUGAUUCAGAUUGCACGCUUCUUCUCUGUCCCUCUCUCGAAAUCGAUUGCAGAUAUGUGUGUUGGCUUGCGGUAUGGUGGGUUAUGGUGGUCCGGUGGUGUGUGAUGUGGGUGGCGUUAGAGGUGAUGUUCAGGCUGGUGAACAGGGGUGGUGACGGGAUGGCUGUAAUGGAGGUAAAAGGUGGUGGAAUUGAUUAUGGUGGGUGGUGAAGACGGGUUGAAGGCUGUCGAAUGAAGGCAGGGGAGAAGGGUGGUUUGUGGUGGGUCUAAGGGUGGAAGGUGUUGUGAGAAGGUGGAUUGAGGGUUGUUUUAGAGGGUGGUUAGUGGUGGUAGAAGGAGGCUGACGGAGGUGUGUAUGGUGGAGGUAAUAGUGGUUUUUUUGGUGGGAGCUGUGAAGGGAGUGGGGAAGAAAGGUGAAAGAGAUGAGAUUUAAGGUGGGAAUGGAAAUGGUGGAGACUCGAGUAGAAAGGUUCAGGC